GCUCAGAGGAGGAGCCUUCACCUGCGCCGGGGUCUUUUUUGACCUGUGGGUGUGAUUUUUAGUAUUAUAAUGAAGACAGUUCACUUCAAGACACCUUAAAAGUCAGUUUCAUUGCCAAGCUGGUUCAUCAAAUAUAGUCUCUUUGCCAAGCUGUCAGGUAACUCAUUCUUGGUACAAUCCGUCCUGCAUGUUCUCCUUUGAUCUUUUAAACAGAACCAAGUCCUGGCUUUACUCAUGAACUCCGUAUUGUUAAUGAAGGUCAAUCUGACCCGUGUUCAAGAUCCUAAUCUGUACAUUAACUAUACCAGCAGCACAUGUACAAUAUAUCACUGCUGUUGAGGGGACGGGACUUCUUUGUCCUCCCACUUGUUGGAGGGAGCUAGGGGCAGAACUCCGUGUCGAUGGGCAGGAUGGAAACCCCGCCGGGCAGCGCUGAGGCCAGCCCGGUGUGGAAAUGGCGGCGCUGGUCUCGCACGAGGGGACAGCCCGGCUGCGGGGUUCGGGGGAGCGGCCGCCCCGAGCCCGGGUGCCCCGCGGGAUGGGACGGGGCGGGCUGAGCGCUCGCCGGCCGGCCCCGCUCCCUCUCCGGCACCAUUUCAGCGCCGCGCCCGCACCCCGCGCCGCCGGCGGGAAAUGGCGGCGCCCGGGGCCGGGACAGCGCUCCACGGGGCGGCUGGCGGAGCCGCGGCCCCGCCCGAGGGCCCCCGCCAGGCCCCGCCUGCUCGGCGGCGUUGGGGCGGUGCCGGCCCGGCCCCAGUGAGGGAUGGCGGCGGCGCGGAGAGUGGGGGCUGCGGACCCCCGCGCCGGGUUCAGGCGGGAGGCGGCAGAGCCGGGCCCCGCCGUGCCGCAGGGGCUGAUCCGGGCGGCUCGGAAGAGCGGGCAGCUGAACCUGUCGAGCCGGAGCCUCAGUGAGGUGCCUCAGCAUGUGUGGCGGAUAAAUUUGGAUACUCCAGAAGAAGCUCAUCAGAAUCUCUCUUUCGGUGCUGCGGAUCGGUGGUGGGAACAAACAGAUCUGACCAAGCUGAUACUGGCCUCAAACAAACUGCAGUGUCUUUCAGAGGACGUCAAACUUCUGCCUGCGCUCACUGUUCUGGAUGUGCAUGAUAAUCAACUGACGUCACUGCCUUCUGCUUUAGGACAGCUAGAGAAUCUUCAGAAACUUGAUGUCAGCCACAACAAACUGAAAAGUAUCCCAGAAGAGCUGCUGCAGCUGUCACAUUUGAAGAGCCUCCUUCUUCACCACAACGAGCUGAGUCUCUUGCCAGAUGGAUUUGGCCAACUUGUCAGUUUAGAGGAAUUAGAUGUGUCCAACAACCAUCUCACAGACAUUCCGACAAGUUUUGCUCUGCUCAUUAACUUGGUGCGACUCAAUCUGGCUUGUAACCAGCUCCAGAGCCUGCCUGCAGACCUCAGUGCCAUGAAAAGCUUGAGACAACUGGAUUGUACUAAAAACUACCUGGAAACAGUGCCUUCUAAACUAGCAACUAUGGCAUCUUUGGAACAACUUUAUCUGAGAAAGAACAAACUGCGUUCCUUACCAGAAUUUCCCUCCUGCAAGUUACUGAAGGAACUGCAUGCUGGUGAAAAUCAGAUUGAAAUAUUAAAUGCAGAGAAUCUGAAGUAUCUCAUUUCCCUCUCUGUGCUGGAACUCAGAGACAACAAGAUAAAAUCAGUUCCUGAUGAAAUCGCUCUGCUUCAGAAGCUCGAGCGACUUGACCUCUCCAACAAUGAUAUCAGUAGGUUGCCUUAUACACUGGGGAACCUUCCCCAGUUGAAAUUCCUGGCAUUAGAGGGAAAUCCUUUGAGGACCAUUCGGAGAGACCUUUUGCAAAAAGGCACCCAGGAGCUUCUGAAAUACCUGAGAAGCAAAAUCCAAGAUGAUGUAACCAGCUCAAAUGAGGAGCCUCCUGUGACAGCCAUGACCCUUCCAAGUGAGUCCAGGAUUAACAUGCACGCCAUAACCACACUGAAAUUAUUGGAAUACAGUGAGAAACAGGCAGCUGUGAUUCCUGAUGAGAUGUUCAAUGCAGUCAGAAGCAAUCCUGUCACCACAGUCAACUUCAGCAAAAACCAGCUGAGUGAAGUUCCUCCAAGGAUUGUGGAGCUGAAAGACUCAGUUUGUGAUGUCAGCCUGGCCUUCAACAAAAUCUCCUCCGUUUCCCCCGAGCUUUGCAUGCUCCAUAAAUUGACACAUUUGGAUAUCAGAAAUAAUUUCUUGACAUCUCUACCUGAGGAGAUGGAGGCACUGACAAGACUGCAAAUAAUAAAUCUUUCUUUUAAUAGGCUUAAAGUAUUUCCCAGCGUCCUUUAUCGCAUCCCAGCACUGGAGACAAUCCUGCUGGCUAACAAUCAAGUUGGGGCCAUAGACCCUCUGCAGCUACAGAAGAUGGACAAGCUGGGAACACUGGACCUUCAGAAUAACGACCUCCUUCAGGUGCCACCAGAGCUUGGAAACUGUGAAACGCUGAGGACACUCCUGCUGGAGGGCAAUCCCUUCCGCACGCCCCGGGCAGCCAUCCUGGCCAAAGGAACCGCCGCGGUGCUGGAGUACCUGCGGAGCCGCAUUCCCACCUGAUGCACCAGCAGCACGGGCCCUGGCCAGCCUGGGGCAUCCCAGCACUGUCCUAUCUGACCAAAUGCCACGGGGUUUUCCUGCCUGCCUCCUGCUCCAUCAAUUCCUUGUUACCCUGCCUGUGCCAGGAAGCGUUUGUAGCAGGAACCGUCUAUGAACUGUUUUCCCCUCGAGCUGCAUGUUUCAGGAGUGCAUUUUAAAGUACUACAACACAUGUUUACACUUUUUGUGAUACAGAUGCCACUGCGAGCUGCCUUCAGUAAUGUGACAAUGGUUUUUUUCUACAAUCAAGCUGAUUUUUAAAUAGAAUUGUCAACAUCAAAGUAGUUGAGCAAAAGCCAGAAGUAACCACUUUGAUUUUUGUAUGCCUGUUUUAUAACCUUCCCCAAGGUAUUUAGUCUCUCUCCACUGCUGCCUCAGUGGUGAGUCUACUCUGCUGCAGCCGUGCAGUGAGGGUUACGUGUGAGGUGCACUGUGGGCUCUGUGUGUCACACCUGCACAUAAGCAGGCUGUGGCUGAUGGUGGUAGCUGCACUGAAAAAUAAACAUUCCCUGGUGGCUGUUUGGGUUGGUUUAAUUCAAGCAUAUGCUGUAAUUAAGUUGUGUAGCUGGUAGGGUUCAUAGACUUUUCAUUUUCUGUUUAAAUGCACUUCCAUGUCCUGAAAGCAAUACCUUUAGUGGUGGUAGUAACACAUCACGGAUGUUAGUGAUGGCAGAGGGAGGGCUGCUUGCAGAUCCAUCACUUUUCCAUGAGGCAGCUCCAGGCGGAUGAAUGGGAAGUGGCAGCAGGUACCAGAGGGGCUGUUGUAGGGGGCUGAGUGGGGUUUGUUUCUCAGGCUGAGCACACCAGGGGGAACAGCCGCCUGUCCCGUGGCUGUGUUGCCCUAUGUCUGGUGUCGGUGCCAAGGUACCUGCAUUGCUGCUGGCACUUGAGCAGCAUCACCUCUGUGUUCCCAGUACUGCCCUGUCCUUUGCUGCCAGCAAACUAUGUUUAAUGCUGUCCCUAUGGAUGACUAGUGCUUCUAACUGCAAACUGCUGACUUUUGUGCAAUGAAGAACAAGCGUUCAAGUAAAAGAUGUCCCUCCUAAGCUUCAGGAACAGAAGUACACCUCACUUCUCUGUUCAGCUGUAUGCAGGCUGCCGGGCUGAUGUGGAAUGGAGAUCCUGUCUGUGGUACGUGUUUAUAACUGAAAAAUACAUGUUAUGGAAGCAUUUUCCUUUCUCCACCCAAUGUCUCUGUAACAGCAGAAUUUAACGUGGUUCAACAUUAAACUUUCCAGGUUUUGGAUGUGCUCAGAGUUAACAUAAAAUACAGUGACCUCAUCCUCAGGUUUAGCAGCACCUCUCAGUGAGAGCGAGGGGCUCUUGAUGUACCUUGUGCACGGCUGCACCAACCGUGACCGGUGGAGAGGGACCAGACCAGGCCAGCACAGCUGGGCAUAGAGACCUGCAGCAGGUACUGACCUGCUCCGAAAGGAGAGGGGCUGUGGGGUGCUGGACAGGGAGUGGAAGGAAGGAGUUUUCUGUGAGAAAUACCCGGUAGUGUCUAGAGCAGAAGGAAUGAUGGUGUGUUUGAGCUCCAACAAGCCAGGAGCUGCUCUGUGGUUACUUGGGGGCUGAAACUGCUGCUGCUUUCCCGCCCUCACUCUGCUCUUGUUCUCCCAUCUCUCCUACAGCAUUUGUACCCACAGAGCAGUGAACGCUGAGCUGCUCCUCACACACGUGCAGCCGCCCCCUCUCCAUAUCUGAUUCUCACCCACAGCUAUGGCUGACCGAGGGGAGCUGCUCCGUUUCCAAGGCUCUGGUAAUUACAGAGAGUCUCUCCCUCAGCCACCGCUUGGUUUGCUGGUGGAUGAGGCUGAGGGUGAAGGCACCGGGCUGCCAGGGGAUGGGUCACCACCAGCCAGCUCGCUCCCAACAGCCUUCUCUGAGAACUCAGCUCCCUUCCAGCAGUGAAAGAUGACAAGCUUAAUUACAAUAAGGGCUCAUCGGCGGUGGGACAGGGAGCACUGCGGUGGAACACAGCCCCCCACGUCAGCCCAGCCUGCAGGAGCCUGGCUCUGACCCAGCUCCAUUAGAGACACGACAGACGCCUGAGCCAGCAGCAGUUCUGUGCUGUCGGGAUGCUCUCUUGGGACAGCACUGGGAUGUGGACCCGAAGGGUCUUCCAGCUGUGUGCUUGGGUUGGGAAGCUUUCCCCAGGCCAGGCCAGCAUCACCCCCGGGACUGAACCUGCUCCCCCUGAGCCACGUUACCCGACUGAAGGAACAUACAAAAGUUAAAGCCUCCUUGACAGCAACACAGUGACCGGGGCGAGCACGGCUGGACCAGCGAGAAAACACAGAACAGGGUAAGACUGGGGGGCACAGGGAAUGGAACUAAAGGGCCUGUCAUUGAAUUAAAACCUUAAAUAAUGAAAUCAGCAGCAACAAAAGGUGUUUUACUGCCACCCAUCACAACCUUCUUCCAUUUCUGACCAUACCUGCCUGAACUCACUGCUCGCCCACUGAGUGUGUUCCCAUGGGAUCAACUAAUGUGUCAAACGACAGAAGUUAACCAAUUUCAUCUCAGUUCUUUGUGUAGGUCCCAGAGUCGAGUGUAAUUUAUUAAGUAUCUCACCCUGUAUAGUGACAUUUUUACUAAUUCAUAUGGAGCCAGCUAUACACACUGCAUAUGUACAGGUAUUUUCAUAAGGCAUAUAAUAUCUUUGCAUUGAAAAUAAAUGAACAUUAGUAAAUUUAAUUUAAUAUAUACUUUCUUUGAGGUGUUUAUGAAAA